UUUCCCUUCUGAUUUCCAGGCUGAGUUUUGUUGAUGGCUUAUUCCUGAAUAUGAGAAGGUGAGGUGUCAGUAUCUGGGAGGUGCAGAGUAUGUGAGGAUUCUUACCGAUUUCCUGUUGUCAAAUUUUGAGUGUGUUGGGAGCUGGUUUUUAUCCUGUGAACUGUGAAUGGUCAGUUAUGUGGACGUGUACUUGGAUGUUUCCGAUCUCACCCACCCACGUUAUCUCUGUAACCUCCUCGGUGAAGGAAAUCGACUCGAGCACCUGGGAUUGGAGUCACAUGGAGACCAGGAGGUUGCAACACAUUUCCUUCCUGAAGGACAAUAUUUGGGUCUUUAGGGGAAGCUGCAAGUUUUUAUGUCUUUAUUUUAACGCUUUUCCACAAAUUCAAAAAUGUAUUAAUUCAUCUUCAUAACAUGGAUUGGUGUGAAGAGCAGAGAUGCCUUUGAGGGGAAACUGAAUAAACACUAUGGAGAGAGAAACUGAAAGAUCUGCUGAAGAUUUCUGAAGAAGGGUCUAGGCCCGAAACAUCAGCUUUCCUGCUCCUCUGAUGCUCCUUGGCCUGCUGUGUUCAUCCAGCUCUUGUUAUCUCAGAUCUGCUGAUAUGGUGACAAGAAGAGGAGUGAGGGGAGACUCAGAAGGAUUGCACUGCAGCACACCAGAGAAUACAGAGAGGAUAGACACUGCAGAUAGAUCCUGACCAUCACCCAAGGAACAACAACUGUGGGAAGACAUCCAGUCCCUUCACAGCAUUGCUCAGCACAGAGAAGGUUGGGCAGUGAAACCAUCAUCUGGAAACUCGUUGGGUCAGGGAAGCUUUGACAUAUUAUCAGACCUGAACGUGAUCAGCCUUUCCUGUGAUCAGUUAGGUUGAGACUGUGAAGAAGUGAGAGUAGCUCUAAGUGUGGUGAGAGCUUCAGCAUUUCAUUGAGCCUCAUUAACCAGUAACUCAUUCCUGUAUGUGAUAGGCUGUUCAAGUGUGAUUUGCAUGAGGAGGACUGUGCAAGCUAAUACAAUCCCCUAACCCACAGUUUGUAGUACAAUUGCCAACGAGUGCAGCUUCAUGGAAGAGAAACAAUUCAAGUGCGAGGCAUUUGACUGAUCUCUCUCACAUUCAUGAAUUAUCAACAUAUUCAGACUGGAAUGAGGCCAUUCAAAUGUAGGGUGUGUGACAAAUCAUUCUCACGGUCAUCAGCAGUCCUUGCACAUCAACACACUCACACAGGGGAGAAACCAUUCACGUGCAAGAUGUGUAUCAAAUCAUUCUCUGCUUUAUCAAGCCUCGGUGUGCACCAACGCAUUCACACAGGGGAAAAACCAUAUACAUGUGAGGUGUGUGACAAAUCAUUCUCAGUUUCAUUGAGGCUGUUGCUCCAUCAGAGGACCCACACAGGGAAGAAACCAUUCACGUGCAAGGUGUGCAGCAAGUCUUUCUCGCAGUCAUCAACCCUACACAUUCACACAGGGGAGAAACCAUUUAUGUGUAAGGUGUGUAACAAAUCAUUCUCCGCAUCAUCGGCUCUCCAUGUUCACCAGCGCAUUCAUACGGGGGAGCAACCGUUCAUGUGUGAGGUGUGUGAUAAAUCAUUCACUGAUUCAUCAACCUUCCGCAGACACCAACGCAUUCACACCGGGGAGAAACCCUUCACAUACGAGGAGUGUGAUAAAUCAUUCUCGAAGUCAUCGACCCUCCAACUCCACUGGCGCAUUCACACAGGGGAGAAACUGUUCGCAUGUGAGAUAUGUGAUAAAUCGUUCUCUGAUUCAUCACAUCUCCGCAGACACCAACGCAUUCACACAGGGGAAAAACCGUUCACAUGUAAGGUGUGUCACAAAUCAAUCACAAGGUCAUCGUCCCUCCUCCAACACCAACGUACUCUCACAGGGGAGAAACCCUUCACACGUGAGGUGUGUGACAAAUCAUUCUCAAGGUCAUCAAACCUCCUGCUCCAUCACAAAGGAGUAACUUUUCAGAUGUAAAGUGUGUGGCACAUUAUUCUUGAGAUGAUCGAACCUCUGCGCACACUGACGCACACAUCACGGACAAAUUAUUUACUUAUGUUGUGUGCAAGAAGUCAGGGUCCUCGGACAUUCACGGUCUUCAAGGCAUUCGCACAAGACAAACCAUUCACGUUUGUGAGAAAUCAUUCUCAAGUUCAUUCAUCCUGCACAAACAGCAGAAUGUUCAUACAAUAUACUAUACGUGAACUAUACACAUCUGAGAUGUGUGACAAAUCACCGUUGUUCGCGCAUCCUAUGUUCGUCAACAUGUCAAAAUGGAGAGAAACCAUUCAAGGGUGGCACGUGAAUAAUCAUACUCCUUGUCAUCAAAUUGUUGUUAUCUGAUUCAUCAGAGAACCCACAGAGGGGAGUAACCAUUUCAGAGUGAAAUUUAUGAGAAAAGUUUUGUCACUUUUGACUUUCCUAGGACAUAGGAGAAUUCACACAGAGAAGAAAUGCUCCUGGUGCAAUGUUUGUGACAAGGUUUUCAACAAACAUCCAUCACCUCCAAAAGCACCAACAGAUCCCAUUGGAGAAAUCAUCUAGGUAUGAAGUGUGUGAAAAGACUUUCACAGAAUCAGCCUCUCUCCUGGUAUCUCAAUACUUUCACGGGGAGAAACCAAAUCAGUGUGAAUUCUGUAAUAAAGCCUCCCAGAACGUCACGUACACAUAACAGGAGGUAGGAGCAGAAGCAGGCUAUUCACCUGAUCUUGUCUGCUCUGCUGUUCAAUGAGAUCAUGGAUGAUCUGAUAAUCCUGAACUCUACUUUCCUGCCUUUUGGUAUAACCCUCGAUUCCCUUACUAAUAGGCAGAUAUUCAAUCUCAGCUUUGAAAAUACUUAAUUAUACUGGGCACCCCUCUGUGGUAAAGAAUUCUAGGUCCAUGACCAUCUGAGAGAAGAAAUUCUUCCUAACUCUGUUUUAAAUGUGUAAACAUCAUCCUGAGAUUAAAUCCUUCGGUCAUAGACUCUCCCACAAGGGGAAAAGGACCUUUCUGCAUCUAUACUGUCAAGUCCCCUAACAACCUUGUAUGUGUCAAUAAGGUCACCUCUCAUACUUUUCUAAACUCUAAUGGGUACAGGCUCAACGUACUCAACCACUCCUCAUGAGACAGUCUCUCUGUACUUAGGAUCAACCUAGUGAACCUUCUCUGGACUAUGUCUAGAAACAUAGAAACAAAGAAGAUAGGAACAGGAGAUGGUCAUUCGGCCCUUCAAGCUUGCUCCACCAUUGAUCAUCCAACUCAACACCCUAUUACUGCUUUCUCCACAUAACCUUUUAUCCCAAUCGUCCCAAAUGCUACAUCUAGCUGCUUCUUGAAUACAUUAAAUGCUUUGGCAUCAACUACUUCCUAUGGUAAUGAACUCCAAAAGCUAACCACUGAGAGUGAAGAAAUGUCUCCUCGUUUCCAUCCUAAAUGGUCUACCCUGAAUCAUCAGACUGUGACGUCUGGUUCUGGACACACCCACCAUCAGGAACAUCCUCCCUGCAUCUACCCUGUCCAGUCCUUUUAGAAUUUUGUAAGUCUCUACGAGAUCCUCCCCUCAUUCUUCUGAACUCCAGCAAAAACAAUAUUAACCUAGUCAAUCUCUCCUCAUAUGUCAGUACCCCCCCCACCCCUGGAAUCAGCCUGCUAAACCUUUGCUGCAUUCCCGCAAGAGUAAAAGCAUCCUUCCUCAGAAAAGGAGACCAAAACUGCACACAAUAUUCCAGGUGUGGCCUCACCAAGGCCCUGUAAAACUGCAACAAUACCUCCCUGCUCCUGUGCUUGAAACCUCUCACAAUGAAGGCUAACAUACCAUUUGCCUUCUUUACUGCCUGCUGCACCUGCAUGCUUACCUUCAGCAUCCCGUUGCACACUCCUCUCUACCAACCUACAGCCACUGUAUCUAAUGCCAGUGAAUCUUUGUUUAGGCAAGGGGACCAAUACUACUCAUUGUAUUCUGUUGUGGUCUGACUAAUGCCUUGUAAGAGUAUAAGGUCAUAACACAUAGGAUUAGAAGUGCACCAUUCAGCCCACUGAGCCUGCUCUGCUAUUCAAUGACAUGAUGACUAAUUUGAUAAUCUUAAACCCAAUUUUUCUGUCUUUUCCCCAUAACUUUUGAUUCCUUUGCUGGUUAAGUCUGUCUAUCUCUGCCUUGACAAUAAUUAAUGACUCAGCCUCAAUAGUCUUCUGCAGUACUAUUCUCCAAGAGAAGAAAUUCUUCUUAGUUCUGUCUUAAAUAUGCAAACUCUUUAGUGAGAUUAUGUCUUCUGGUUCUUCAGUCUCCCACAAGAGGAAACAACCUUUCCACAUCUAUGUGUCAAGUCCUUGAAGAAUCUUGUAUGUUUCAAUAAAGUCACUUGUCAUUUUUCCAUAUUCCAACAAGUACAGGCCCAAUUUACUCAACCUCUCCUCAUAAGACCAUGCCUCCAUGCCUGGUAAGAGCCUAAUGAACCUUCUCUGGACUGCCUCUAAUGCCGGUAUAUCUUUCAUUAGGUAAGGGAUCAGAAACUGUUCACAGAAUUCCAGCUGUCGCCUGACUGGUUCCCUGUAUAGUUUUUUUGCAAAAUAUUCCUAUUUUUAUAUUCCUUUCCCUUCUAAAUUAUAGCCAGCAUUCCAUUUGUCUUCCUCUACCUGCUGAUCUUGUAUUUUUCUCUUUUGUGAUUUAGGCACAAGUACUCCCAAAUCCCUGUACCCUGAUGCUUUCUUCAGUCUUUCGCCAUUUAACUAGGAUUCAGCUCCUCAAUUCUUCCUGCUAAAGUGCUUAACUUCACAUUUUCCCACAUUAUAUUCCAUAUACCAAGCUUUUGCCCACUUGCUUAAUCUGUUUAUACCUCUCUCUAGUCUCACUGGGCCAUUUCAGCAAAAUUGGGCCAAUAUUCACAAGUUUAGCAAAAUGGUACACAAAGAACGUGAAGGGGUUUGCUAGGGUGGCUGCUGACAGAUUCUUUCUGCUUGUCAGGAAUUUAGGACACGGCAGUGUCAGGACAAGGAAUUAAUCAUUUAGGAUGGAGGUAUGGAAAAAUUACUUUGUUUGGGUUGUUGUUAAAUUUUGGAAUUCUUUGCCCCAGACAGUUGUAGAUGGUCCAUUACGAAUAUAUUUAAUGCUGAGGUUGACAAAAGUUUUAGACUCUCGGGGAAAUUGAGUGAUAUGGGGAGCAGGAUGGAAAGUGGAAUUGAAGCGCAAGGUCAGCCUGAUCCUGUUGAGCAGUGCAGCAGGAUCAACCAACUAUAUGGUCUACUCCUUUUUCUAGUGUCAUGCAAAAGGGCUCAUCAAUAAAUCACACAGAUCUAACACAGAUAUGCACAAGAUAAUCUUACAGUGGUGAAACACACCCUUAGAAAGCAUGGAAAGUUGUCCAGUCCAGUAACUAAUGACAUGCCACACUGACUACUUUUCUAAUAGAUUAAAAAAAAAAGACCUGAAG